AUGUGUCAUUUCGCCGCAGUUGAAACAAUUCAGGAGAUCACUAACUUGAGACACGACAAUCCUGAAAUCUUUCACACUGGUCUUAGCUGGUACGCGACGUACUUUCUCUUCCAGGCAACUGUUGUUCUCAGCAUCCACCAUCUUCGUCCAUCUCAGCCCAUUGAUGCCAGUUUGGUCGAAGCCAGCGAGGAGCUAUGGAUUUCAUCCAUCUCGAGAGCUCGGGAGUGUCUAGAAUUUCUGAGCAGUCGCAAUAAAUCUGCAAAUCGGUGCCUAGCGGUACUAGAUCGAAUAAGGGAUCGAUCCCGAUACUCGCAAGCAAUCUCAACAGCUCAGUCUGACCGCGAGACUGGCUCCCUGCAAUUUGAAGUCCACUCUGUGGGCCCAGAGAUGCAUUCUGCGCCUUUGGCUAUUGAUCCUACACUGCAGAUGUUCUUCAAUAACUCGGCAUGGGACAAUGAUAUGUUUGAAGGACUUAGUGGAUUUCCUGGCACUGGCGAGGUUGAGCCAUUUGAUUAUCUUCCGAUCAACAAUGAUCCAGGAUGGCCAAGGUCUUAG